UUUCUUAUUUGACACGAAUACUACGAACAAGAUUCGUAACAGAUUUCGCAUUGCGUACAGCGGUGACGAUGGGGCAAACGGGAGAGCGAGCGCUGACGAGUACGAAAAUUGCGAUCGCGGAGACGCUCCACCCAUCGAAGACUCGAGUGAGAAGUCCGUGUCAUCGAAGAAAGAAAAACGGCUGAAGAACGUUUACGGGGGUAAAACUUGCCUGGAUAAAUCUCAACUUGAUACCAAACCAAGCCUGCUCAAUGGGGCAGUCAAGCAAGAGAAAAGUGAUUGUCACAAGGCUUCGGUGUCCGUGAAAAUUAGUAGCUACAGUAGACCUGGUGCGCUGAGUAACAAAGAUGGUUACAGACCGAGCGAGGGAAGUGCAGGCAGGGCUGCCGGCUCAUCGAAUUCUCUCAGUGAUGAGAAGCGUGAGACUUUGAGGCGUCUUCUUACCGUCUCCGGCAGUAAGGACACGACUGCUGUGUUAGGCCGUAAGAAGAUAGAUAGUUAUAAACUUAGUCUCACGUUUCCUGAUGACGAAGAAGAUGAAGAUGAUAACCGAACAGAUUCCGUAACUUCCGUGCCUGGUUUGAAGCCCCCUUCCCUUCCUGACCCCCGAUCUCCAUUGUUGACUAAAUUAAAUCAGACACUUGAAUGCAACGGAGAAAAAUCCUCGCAACCGCAGCCUCAAAAUGCAAGUGUCGUGGCGUCAAUGGCGAAUGGCAAGCUUCCCGCUGUGCAUGCAGACAGCGGCGUUCUUCAGCAAGCUGGUUUGAACAAGGCACCUCCGAUGAAGAUACCGCCCUUGCACUUUCGUAAGCUGAACAGACUUGAGAUAGGGAAGAAUGUCAUGAAAGCGCCCGCACUGGUAGAGGGAAAAGAAUCACUAACUUCGCCAGACAACAAGUCGCCAUCGGCGCGCCUGACAGCAGCUGAGGCCAAGCCUGAACUUCUCGUCAAUGGGCGCCCUAGGCUGACAAGUCCGCUGCUGCCCACGCCUGUCAGAAAACCAUCAGCAAGCCUGAAGAGUGAGAGCAAAGACAAAGACGUGACGAAGAAUCGGUCUAGGAGUCCAGACGAACGUCGGUCCGGUGGCCAGCGUCCUCCGUGGUCAAGUAGCUCCCGCUCGCGUUCUCGGUCUCACUCCAGAUCACGAUCGAAGCACAGAAGAUCUGGGUCAAAGUCGUCAAGAUCAAGAUCUCGGAGUUUUUCGCGAUCCAGGUCUCCGUAUCGAUCUCGAUCACCUUCACGGCACUCUAGAUCUCGAUCAACUUCGCGGCACUCCAGAUCUCGAUCACCUUCACGGCACUCCAUAUCUCGAUCACCCUCACGGCACUCCAGAUCUCGAUCAAGAUCACCAAAAAGGUCACAGACUAGACAUCGGUCCCAAACUUUGUCUAGGUCAGGAUCGCGAUCGAAACAUGGAAGCCGUUCGAGAACCCGAAGUGAGAGCCGGUCAAAAUCUAGAUCGCGAUCUAAACGAUCGAGAACUAGAUCCUACAGCCGAUCUUCAUCCCGCUCCCGGUCUUACUCAAGAUCAAUAUCGCGAUCAAGAUCGUCCUCCAGAUCUAGAAGUAGAUCUCGGUCGGUUUCCAUACCUAGACGUCGUGGGUCACCGUCGUUUUUGGACAAGCGGCGGAUCACAAGUGCCCGGAAGCGGCCGGUUCCAUACCACCGGCCCACGCCGCCCCCCGAGAGCGACUCGUCAUCCUCUUCGUCGUGGUCCAGCAGGAGUCGCAGCCACAGCCCCCAGCGCCGGGGCAGCUGCCUCCGCCGCUCCCGCAGCAGGAGCGUCUCCUGGUCAAGACGACGCUCCCCUUCGUAUGGCAGGACAAAAUAAUGUGCUUAAAUACCUCCUUUGAUAAUGUGCUGAGUUAUAUACCUACUCUGGUGAUAUGCUUGAUUACUUUUCUUGAUGGGCCAAGCCAUAAUAACGUCUACCAUCGAUAUUGUAACAUCAAACAUGUUAUACUCGACUAAAGUGACGUGAUUUAUUGAGUCAUGCGUGUAGAUUGUCGUACAUUCAGAUUUGAAAUCCUGUCAUCAAGAACAGAUCAAUAUCGCGCUAUGUUUUGAAAGUAGUCUAUGUACAGAGCGAGAUCCACACGUUUGCUGGUGCCAUUCGUGCUGUUGAUAAACCUAGUCGAUGGAGAGAAAGCUGUAACCUGUGUCUGGUCUUGCAGUUAAUUUGGACUAAAACAUGUGUACGUAGAGCCGCCUCGCUUCUCAGUGUUGUUACUCUCUCGCGAGAAAGAAUCAUGAGUUUAUUGCUGCGCUGUACAAAGUAUGUGUGUUAUAACCUACCAUUUAUAUUUUUAAGGUAAUUGAUAUCUAGUUGGAAAUUUAUAUCGAUUGCAGUUGAAAUAGAAUCUUGAUAGGAACAUUUCUUAAACUUGACAACGUUUCAUUCGAUGCUUAGUAUCAUAGUAUGUCUGUAACGUAAGUGGACAUGCGCUGCGAAGCUCUGCGCGCUGGCCGGUCUCUUGACGAAGCCGUCUCGACGCGGCUCAACAUUUACCGCUGUCGACCAUGAUGGUUCAGUGCUGACCUACAAGCUCCUAAUACUGAUCAAUUUCUUGGAUCGUUUAUAACGUUACCGUCAACUGGAGUGAAUUCGGCCACACCUGCAACAGAAACA